CCUACACACUGCAAGUGAUAUAGGUCAUAAGCCACUACACUGCGACUUAUCAGCCAUAUACGAGGCCAGGCUACCUGCGCUUAUUUCACAAAGUCCAUUCUUGCGCCAAGCUGCUCGGCUUUAUCUAAUCCUGGUUAAUGCAAGGGGCACGUUAAUGCUGGAAGGUCUGGCUGGUGCGCUGAGGAUUGCACGCACCACGGCGGUUGCUUACUUCACGAACAUCUAGCUGCCCAGCUAAGGCCCGGAGGCUAGGGCCAGUCAUCUUCAGCAGCACAUGCAGAAUCGUUCGGCUAGCAACACUUGCUUCAAAUCGGCCCUUCCAGUUUUCAAGCCGACGUAACCGCUGCCUUUCCCAAGUUAGCCUCCAACCAUGUCUUGGCGUGACCAGCCCUACUCCGUGCCUCGUGCGGACACCGCCUACAUACCGGUCGCAUUCCAUGGCGGAACAACAGCACCGCUCUUCCAAGCUUAUCCGUCCUACACCACAACUCCCGCCUUCGUCUACGUUCCCCAUACUUCCGCAGCAGUAGACCACAUCCCAAGCGCAGGUGCCGGCCCAUGUGUGGGCAUGAUGCUCGCAGACACGCUGGGCGCCUUCGGGAGCGGCUACCUCCUCCAUCCGCACAGCAGCAGCACCCUGCAGUACACACUGCCCCAGCUCCCUCUGCCUCCGCUACCUCCUCACGCCUGCCAAGUCCCUACCGCCAUGGCGAUGGUUCCGGCACCCGCCAGCCACCCCUACGGCUCCUCCCACACGCCCAGCAGCCCUCCAAGCCGCAGCGCCAGCAGCUACACCGGCGACGGGAGCCUCAACAGCACCCACCCCCAUGCUUCCGCCUCCUUCGUUCCGGAACCGACCCCCGUUCUUGCGCCGGCUGGUGCAAGCCUGCUCAUCCCUUCCGCUAGCUACCCGCUAACCACCACCACCGCCGCUGUCACCGCCCACGGCACCAGCAACAUUAGGUUCUACACCACCUCUGCACCUGCCACCACUGCUGCUCCUGCUGCUGCAUCCACCCCGGCGACGACGCCACCCGCACCUCCUCCAUCAGUCCCGACCCAGGCACCGCAGCAACCCCACCAGCAGCUGCACUCCAGCGGUGGUCCGGGCCCUGUCCCGGGUUCGGCCGUUCCAGCAGCAGGCCCCACCACCCAGGCGCCCGGCGGAUCCAAUCAGCCCGGCAUCACCCAGGAUGCCCAGGGACUGGAUGCUCCAGCUGCAGCUGCAGCAGCAGCCACACCCGCAGCAGCAGCAGCAGGCCCCAACACCCAGGCGCCCGGCGGUGUCCCGCUCCUCCGCCCUAGCCACAACCCCGACCCCAGCACUGCCAGCACCAGAAGUGAGCGGCGCAUUCAGCGGCUACUGCGAAAGAUUGAAAGCGUGUGCAACAGCAUCCAGAGCGACAGGGGCGCGGGGGCCGAGGGCGGCGUUGGCAGCGUGGACACGGGUGCGGGCGGCGGGGUCGUUGGAGGGGAAGUUCCCAUUGUGCAGCAGCGGGAGAAGGAGAGCGGCGCUGGUCACAGAGACGAGCCAGAGGGCCGUACGGGGCAGCAGGUGGACUCGCUGCCACCGCAGCUGCCGGUGACGCCCAUGCAAGCAUUGCCCUUGGAGAAUGCUGCCAGCCAGAGUUACAUCAGCGACGGCAGCAGCGGCCGUCGUCGUCGUCGCCACGGAAAGCCACCGCUGCCGCCGCCUGUGGCAGCGGCAUCCUCCGCUGCCACCCCCGCUGCCUCCGUCGGCACCGACGCUAUCGAACCCUUCACGCCAGCCGUGCCGCCGGGCCUGCACGGCCGCCGGUCCUCCAGCGGCGGCAGCAGCGGCGCAGCCAUGGAGAGUUGCAGCAGCAGCUGGAGCAGCUGCGACUGGGGGCAUCCAUCCGUGGGCACUGGGGCUGACCCGGCAGCUACAGACCACCUGGGAAGCGACGGCGCCUCUGUGGAGGAGUCCAGGCACGAGUUGGAGCUCACACUGCGGCCGGAGCUGAUUGGCGGGGGUGUGGGUGGUGGUCCUGUGGCGGUGCUGGUGGUGGAGGCUGUGGAGGGGGGGAAGGAGAUGUCGAGUGUGAACACCGCCGACGGCACUGUCGGUACGGGCGAAGCAGGAAGUGGUAAUGAGAAUGCUACCGCCGGUGGUGCCCGGAAUGGGACGGAAGCAAAGCCUGUCGUGCAUGCUGGCGACGGGGUUGUCGACGUAGAGGGCAGCAGUAACACCGUGAUUGAGGCGGGAAAUAGCCCCAUCGCCGAUGUACGACAGGAGCUUGGCGUGCAGCAGCUGCAGCCGCUGCGUGUGGAGGGCCCCCGCAGGAGCGGCUUCAGAAGCAGUUUCAAAAGGCGCGUACCAAGGACAGCCACACCGACGGCGUUGGCGCUGUCACCGCAAGUCGCCGCAGCGGCCGCGGCUGCUGCUGCCGCCACUGCAGCGGCCCUAGCGACGGGCUCCCCUGCGGCUGGAGCUAGUGGGACGGCGGUGCCGCGGCGGCGGCGACGGCAGUUGUACGGGCGCCGCAGUGGCAGCACUGUACCGCAGGAUAAGACUCCUGCGACCAGUGGUCGCAGUAGCAGCGGCAAUGGUGAGGUCGGAUGCGAAGGCGACGCGACAGGGGCCGACGCCGCUGGUGGCUGUGCGGAUUCAGGUGAGGGAUACCUGGGUGAGCAAAGCGCUGCUGGAGACGACGGCGGAGUUGGAGGGGAGCAACGGCAGGGCGGCGGGCUACAUUCGGAAUCGCCAUCGGCAGCACGUGUGGCGGAUCCAGUGCAGGCAGCGGAGGUGGGGCGGCGGGCUGAAGAGGAGCCGAACUCUCAUGAGGCUGAGACGCAGACAUGCCAGCAGGACGGCGAUGUACGGCCGCUUCUGUCGGAGGCGACGGCCGCCGAGGCGGCGGCGGUGCAGUCACUUUCGCUGCCGCCGGCGGUGGCCAGCCCCGCUACACCUCCCCCUCCGACGGCUACUUGGCUGCCGUCGGCGCAGACGCUGGCGUCGGCAUUUGCCGCAGCGGCUGCGGCUGCCGUCGCCGCCGUUUCUGCGCCAGUGCCGUCAGAGGAGGCGCGGCAGCAGCCCCAAGCUGCUUCUCCAUCGCCGGCGCUUGAACCGACCACCGUUUCGCCGGCGCAGCCUUCUCCCGCAGCUGAGGCAGUUGCGCCGCGCCAGCAGAGCAGAAGCUCACAGACCCUGCAGGCCGACCUAAGCGAGCUAGCAAGCGACACCUCUGACAGCGAGUCCGAAGCGGAGUACGAAACCAUUGGGCGCGGUCGGUUGGCGCCGCCUGGGAUGAACGACGAAGCUGCAGCUGCCUGGUCGUACUCCCCGUCGCUGCCGGCGCGGCCUUUGAUGUACGGCGCCGCUGCCGUACCGGAAAUGCUCACCACGGGUGCCACGGGUCCGCGACGUCACGUUUCGACUGGUGCUUUCGUCGGUGCCACAGCGUCUAGCCGUCUCGCAUACACUUUCAGUAACAACCCGCUGGGCCCCGCCACCGCUGCCGGCGCGUUCCAGCCUUCCUUCCAGCAGCCUGUCCGGAAGCUUGCCGCGCAGACCCCCGCCACCUCCGCUUCGGCUGCCGCCAGGGCCCGUUCAGAGGCCGGGUUCUUGGGUACGACAAGCGUGCCAGCGGCCGGGGCGGCAGCGUUGCGGCGGUUCAACCGCUCUAGCAGCAGCAUUGGUGGCGGCGCCGUCGGCGGCCCAGUAUCGGCGACGUCCAAACCUCUGAGCCGCAUCGCCUUGAGUGCGGACUUCAGCGCACCUCGGUCUGACGCCAACCGCCAGUCGUACAGUUCCGGUCCAGCGCCGCCGUCGUCGCCUUGGUUGCCCGCUCCCUCUGCGGCCUCAGCCUCCGUCGCACUCGAGACCGCCGCAGAGGUGCUGGCCCUGAUAGACGAGGACCUCAUGCGCUGCGGCGUCAGCAGCGUCGGCGACGGCGCUGUUCGCACUCACCAGCGCAGCGGCGACAGCUUGUUCCAACCGCCAACUCCGCAGCCGCAAGCCUUCUACCAGCAGCGACCGCCUCUUCACCCCGGGUUUUCGCAGCAGUUGCAAUGCCAGCAGCCGUCACUGCUGACGACUUACGCGCAGAGGAACAAGGGCACCGCAGGUGCCGUGCGAACAAGCGGCGGCGCCAUUGGCGUCAGCGGCAGCAGGAGCGGCAGUGGCGACGGCGUCGACGUCGGCGAAGACGGUGUACGGCGCCUUACUACCCCAGGUCGCUACCACACGCCCUCCAACGCCCGUCGCUACCGCGGUGCACAGGUCUCGCUUCAGGAAGCUUACGAACCAGCAGACCGUUACGGCGGCGGUCCCGAAGGCGAGGGCGAGGGCCUGCAGAACAUUAUGCGGCGUUUGGAUGAGCAGUUGGCUGGGGUAACGGAGGACGCUGAGGACAGAUACGGAGGCGCAGCGGCGAUGGCGGCGGUGGAGCAGCCUCCUCGCUGGGCUCAAUCUUCAAGCAGCAGACUGGGCUUUGGCGGCGGCAGUCCCUUUGAGACGAGCGGCGCCGCAGCCAUUGCCGCUGCCGCGGCUGCCGACGGUGCAUCGGCGGCUGCAUGGGGGUUGUUGGGGUCGUCGCCGGCGAGCAUGCCGAGACCGGGUCGUGAGCUGUCUGCUCGUACACGUCCUUUCGUACCGCCGCUGCCGCUGCCUCUGCCACCAGCGCCGCCGUCAGAGUCGCGGAGGUUUGGCCGAUCGUCUUCUGGCAAUGCUGCGGGCAUGGCGUGGUCGAGACAGGAAGGAGCCGGGCCUGUAGAUAUUGAUAUGGUAAAACGGGAUUUGGAGAAGCUGUUGAGUGCUUAUUAAGCGGGCCACGCGCCUUUCAUUGUUGGCGACCUAAUGUGUACUACUACGCGCCAGGUUGAGAGGGAACCUUCUGUCCUGAGAUGGAUACUACUUUUCAGGAUUGCGUCUCGAGUAACUUCCUUUCUCUUUUUGUACCAGUUUCUGCCGUAAGUUCCUGCCGAAACCGGAUGUGUCGUUGUUUCGAGGCGUCGUUAGGCAUGUCAUGUCUUCUUGUUGCUUUCCAAAAGACUUGGGAGAUGUGUCUAAAACGGUAUUUUCGCGUUUGGCGGCCAGCGUCUACCGCAGCAAUGUCCUUGCAGGGUGGCCGAAAGCGCCGGGCCUUCCAUAACCUACGGCAUGCGCGCGUCAUGUUGCAGUGAUGGCGCUGUGAUACGGCAUCUGCAUUUAAAGCAAACCAGUAACUGCCGCAAGGCAGGGAUUGAAUGGUUACUUCUUACUAAUUACCGUUAUAUAUAGCCGUUGCUGUUGACGUACCGUGUGGUGUUGAGGCCGGCUUGCAUGACGGUAUUUUGCCACAUAGUGGGGUGCGGUGACGUGUUGUGGUCCUACUUUCGCUGUGUUGUGCCGUACAACGGCGUACUUGGACGUGUCUACUUGGAUUCUCGCCUUUUGUCACGGAUCUUUUGACGCCUAUAAGACAUGCACUGGAUGCUGCUGCUAUGUUGUAUGAAAGGUUGAGGCUCAUGGAAGGGGGGGACAUAUAUAUGGUUAUAGUAUUUGGGGUACUUGAAGAAUGAGCGUGCGCCUUGCGAAUAGGCGACUGUGGCCGUAAUGGCCAGCACUGCGUUUGACCUAUAGCGAGCCUAUUCAUACAAUCUUAUCUCCCUGGCGCUACGGUGAUACAUGUCUCGUGUGAUCUUAGCGGUCCUAAGCCUGCAAAGGUGGCUUGCAUGUGUACUUACGUUUUGUGCGGCGAAUGCUUAUAAAUACGACGUUGGUUAUCUUUUUACGUAUAUGCUCAUCGGGCAGAUGUUUUGGGGGGUGGCUACCGGUAUGCAGCCGUAAGCUGGCUUAUUCAGCCGUUGCUGGGUAUUUAGCGCACCCCUGAUCCUGUUAACACUCAUGCGCCGUUCCAAGGAAUUGCCGGCGGCUGUAAAUGAUAUA